AUGGCGGCGAUGAAGCUGCUGACAGGAGCGGGUUUGUUGUUGGCAGUCUGUGCUCUCGGCCUGCUCGCCAUGGCUAUCUGUACUGAUUACUGGUAUGAGACAGACGCCCGGCGGCACCGGGACCGCUGUAAGAAUUACGCUAACAAGAGGAAUGAUCCCGGCUUCAUCUACAUACCAAACCAGAACCUGCCCCUCCGCCAGCCCCGGCUUCUGGGCCACAGAGCCCGCAGGUACUUCCUGGGAUCGGCCUCCGUCGAUUCACAUUGCAGCCGGCACUUCAACUCCACCAUCCUCGGCCUUUGGAGAAAAUGUCACCGCCAGGGAUUCGACCAGGACACCGAGGAGCUCAUCUUCAAGGGGGUCGUACAGCGCUGUAUUCCUGUGAAGUAUCACUACUCCUCUUCAACAGUCCCACGGAAUCUUCCAGUCAAUUUAACCAUGACCAUUCGGCAGGAUGAAUGGCAUGCUUUACAUCUCCGCAGGAUGACAGCAGGGUUUAUCGGAAUGGCGGUGUCCAUCAUUCUCUUUGGCUGGAUUAUUGGUAUGCUGGGCUGCUGUAAGGACCAUGACCUGAUGCAGUAUGUCGCUGGCCUGCUCUUUCUCAUGGGAGGAACCUGUUGCAUUAUCUCCCUCUGUACUUGUGUAGCCGGAAUUAAUUUUGAACUUUCACGUUUCCCUCGGCACAUGUACGGGCUGCCCGAGGAUAUCAGUCAUGGCUACGGCUGGUCUAUGUUCUGUGCCUGGGGUGGACUGGGACUCACGCUGUUGGCAGGUUUCCUCUGUACCUUGGCCCCUUCCCUCAGCACCCCUCACACAGUCAUACACAAACCACGGGCAGAGAACGGGACCAUGUGACAGCCACCACACUACUGUUUCACA